AUGAAGACUGAAGGUGAGUCCCUGAAAAGUCUGAUGGACACAGUCGUAUCUGAGAACAUGAAGCAGCUAGACCAGAUAGAAAAUUCACUUUUUAAAGAUCUAAAAACCCAAGAUAAGACAUUGGAUGGUUAUUUCACUUAUCUUAAUGACCUUAUCAAAGAGCUCCACAUAUGCCUGUCCUCUUCAGAUCUCCAGAAAUUAAUGUCUGAGAAGAAGCUAAAGAUCCGAUCCAUACCAGAGACAACAAAACCAGUCACACCAGGAUUUACUGCUGGUCAAUACAGCAAAAGUGAUGUCACCAAAUUACUUGGUAAAAUAAAUGUCCCCAACACUAAAGCAGAGAAGAGGGAAAUAAGACCUAUUGAAAGUGUCUACAACACAGCAAUGAAACCUACAUAUAAACAGAUGAAAAAAGACAGAAAGAAAUCUGACAAGAAACAAACAUUGUCUCUAUCUACCACUGUCAGCAAGGUCAGGGAGUUCAGUGUACCAGGUGUUGAUGAUGUAUUCCAUGUAUCACUAGAUCAAUCAGACAGACUCUGCAUCAGUGACUGGGAUGGUAAUCUUGUUCAAACAGAUCUACAGGGGAAUGAGAUAGAGAAGAUAAAAACCAGUGGUGGAUCUGAAGGUUACCACACAGUGACACAGGACGGGGAUCUGAUUUUUACAGAUGCAUCCUAA